GGAAAAUUUGGUUAGGAAUCGACAAAAAAAAAGAAAGAAAAAGAAUUUUUAAAUAUGCAAACUUUUUGUUUAUCAUUUUAUAUUUUUCUCAUCAAAAUUGCUUUCAUUCAAACAGCAACGAAAAAUUGUUUUGAAUUACGACAGGAAAUUAUUGAUCAUAUUAUUGCUGUUGGACCAUAUUAUCAUGAUAAUUAUUUAUUAUUUAUAACCGAUAAAUGGUUAGCAUAUAAUACAACAAUAAAUUCAUUAAUUAAUGAUGUUGAAGUUGAUUUAUUAUCAAAUAACGGUGAAAUACAUAAUCUUUGGCCAGUAAUGAAUCAAUUUAUUCAUUUUAAUAGAAUGGAACGUUUACCAGUAUCAAUUUAUUUAGCUGGUGAUACAUGUUAUAAUUCAAAUAAUCAAUCAGAAUUAAUUGUAACAUUUAAAUCAAAAAAAGAUAAAUUAUAUCAUACAUAUCAUUUUGAUUUUGAAAUUGAUCGAUUAAUAUUGAAUGAUAAUCUUACUGAAAAAGAUAAAACAUAUCAAAAAAUUAUUGUUGAUGAUUGUCAAAAUCGUACAUUAAUUAUAGAAAAUUAUGAAUUUUAUUUAUUAGAUAAUAAUCUAAAUGAAAAUUAUCGUUUUAAUAUCUGUGUACAACAAUCAAAUAUUGAUCAACAUCGUAUGGAAAUUGGUACAACAAUUCAUGAAUGUAAUGAUAAUUAUCAAUCUAGAUUAAUAUUUUCAAAUGUACGUACGGGAUUUUUAGUUUCAAAAACUGGUCAAUUAUAUUUAAUAUCAAAAGAUUAUCUAUUAAUAUUUUCACAUAAUGCUAUUAUUGAUCAUGAAAAAUAUUUUGUUUUAACAACAAAAUCAUUUUAUCAAUGGUUAGAUUGUGGUGAUUUUGCUUACCUUAAACAAUCUGGACAAUCAAUGAAUGAAGCUGAUCAAUUUGUAUCGAUAAUAUCGGGAUUUUUUUUCCUAUUUUUUAUUAUAUAUUCAUUACUUGUAUUUCAUUUUAUGUUUCGAACAAAUAAAUCAUCUGCAAAUGGUAAAAAUCACCUAUUUCAACCUAAUCGAACGAUUGACAAAUGA